AUGACUGAUAAUAUGAAAUGUGUUAAUUGUGGAUCGCUGGCUAGUUUAAUGACAUAUCGACAACAUUCACAUGGUAUAUGUGAUGGUUUUACUACGAUUUUAUUUUAUGCUCGUGAAAUGCAAAAACUAGCUGAAGAAGUUCAAUCAUAUAGUAGAGAACAUCGUAUUGAAUUAGGUGAUAUUGAAUGGAAAGUAUUUCCUGAUAAUUGGCCAAAUAUUUUUAUUCAUAAUUCUGAAGAAAUUCGUAAUAGUCAUGUUCUAUUCUUAGCUUCAUUUCAUAAUCCACAAACAAUAUUUGAACAAAUUUCACUUCUUUAUCAUUUACCAAAAUAUCUUUGUCGUUCAUUAAAAAUUCUUUUACCAUAUUUUCCAACGGGUACAAUGGAACGUAUACAAAUUCAAGGUGAAAUAGCAACAGCUUAUUCAUUUGCACAAAUGCUUUCAUCAAUUCCAGUAACACGUACUGGUCCAUGUGAAGUUGUUCUAUUUGAUAUACAUGCAUUACAAAAUCAAUUUUAUUUUUCAUCAAAUGUUAUUGUUCGUCUUGAAUCAACAGUUGGAUUAUUAUUAGAUGAAUUAAAUAAUCGAGAAAAUCAAAAUGAAAAAUUUGCUAUUGCAUUUCCUGAUGAUGGAGCUCAUAAAAGAUUUGCUCAUAUGUUUGAAGAAAAUAAAUAUUCAAUUAUAAUUUGUAGUAAAAUUCGAGAAGUUGAUAAAAGAAUUACAACUAUUAAAGAAGGUAAUCCAACAGGUUAUCAUUGUAUAAUUAUUGAUGAUUUAGUACAAUCAGGUGGUACACUUAUUGAAUGUGCACAAGCACUUUUAAAAGCUGGUGCUGUUAAUAUAUCUGCUUUUGUUGCUCAUGGUAUAUUUCCAAAUGAAAGUUGGAAAAAAUUCAUACAUUCAAAUAAUCCAAAAGUUCAUUUUGAUACAUUUUAUGUAACAAAUACUUAUCCAAAUACACAAAUAUUGAUUGAUAAAUCUCCAUUUAAAAUUUUUUUUACUGGUGUAAAAGCAGGUGAAUUUUCGAUCUAUGAUCAAACUGGUAAAAAUCUUAAGCAUCGAAUUGAAUCUCGUUAUAAUGCUCUACAUUCUGUCGAACUUGUUGCUUAUCCAUCGAAACAAAUUAUUGCUCGACUUAAGAGUCAAAUUACAUUUUUAUUAUACAAAGGUACAUUAGAAAUAUUAGAUGUUAAAUCAAACAAAUGGAUUACUGGUACAAUUAAUCACAAAUUGAAAAUACUCAAUCAUAAAUAUAUUAUCAAUUGGAAUGGAAAACAAUUGUUAAUGACUAAAAAUGUUCCUUCGUUUACAACAAAAUUUUUUGAUGAAACACAACGAAAUCAAGUUGUAGCUGAGUAUCGAAUACAUGUGGUAUCAUCAACAGUAGCCAACAAAUAUACAAUGAAAAUUUUCACUGACAAAAUACCGGAUGCACUCUUUCUACUUUGCCUUACUGUUCGAGAUCAUAUUAUGUCAUUGAAAAAAGGCUAA